AUGGGCGGACGCAGCGCCUCGACCGCGAAGCGUCGCGUCCAACCAGCACGCAAGCCUUCCAAGAAAGACCCAGUCGCCCCGACGGAACCCCUCAGCUUCUUCCACCUGCCCAACGAGGUAGUUGGCCUAAUCGCUCAACAAGCUCUUGCUAUCGGCGGUCAUCGUCUCGUCCACAACUUCAGCUUCACAGACCGCCGCACCUUCGAGCUUUCUCAGCGAGAACUCUAUCGCCACAUCGUCCUUCACGACGAGGUUGAGAUCGCCUAUCUUACGAGAAGCCUCAUCGAGAAUCCUUCGCUCCGACGAAUGAUCCGCAGCGUCAGCCUUCACACCAACUCCUGGUGUUGCCGACAGGCUGACUCCGACCGCAUCCUCCGCGAAUGGCCUAAUACCCCAGUGGACGAGUCCAAGCUCUCCCAGUCGGACCGUCAACUUCUCAUCCUGAGCAGAUCCCACUGCAACCGGAAGGCUUCUGACAACAUCCAGUGCGUAUUCGGUUUAUUCCUGUUCUUCAUCAACCAGGCAAAGCACAUCACCAUCGAGAUAGAUUGGUACUGGGUUGAGUUGGACAACUUUCUGGCCGCAGGCCUUGCUUCCUACGCCGCUCUGGCGUCCGAUUCGUCGUCAGGCCCGUCCUUCUACACGGCCCUCUUACCGGCUUUGCAGACCCUUAAGCUUUCCACCAAGCGCUAUCUGCGAAAGCCGGUUCAGACCAUCCAAUCGAGACCCUUCCAUCCUUUCAAGGCUCUUACUGCUUCUACCAAUCUCCGCGUGUUCGACUUUGACGGAGACAUGGAAAUAUGGGGCAACCUGGACGACAUCGACCCUUACAUGAAGCUUCCCUUUACGACGGUCAAGCUGGUUGUGGGCCAUUGCACUUCGUCGAGCCUCUGCAAGUUCUUACGCCAUUGUCCUGACCUGCAGUGGCUAAAGGUUGCGCCCCAAGGUUACGCUGCGGAUUAUGGAACCGAGGAAUGCAUCAACACCGUCUUACCAAAGUUCUGCCCUCGGCUUCGAGGGUUGUCACUGCGUCUUGGAGGCACAAAAAGCUUUUUCCGUUCCGGCACGAAAAUCCUCAAUUGUCUCCCCGAGAUGACCAACCUAAGAGAGCUUCGCAUCGAAGUAGAUGCCUUUCUCCAACGCUCUACGGAUAUUGCCACACUCAAGCUUGCCAACAAGCUUCCAGAACAGCUAGAGAAACUGUUCGUCGAUGCCUCGUUUGCUUUGAUCCCUUUCCCAAUUCGCAGAAGAAGGAUGACCGCCCGCAGCCUCGAGGCCGUAAUAUACAAGCGCGCAGUUGAGAAUAUGGUCCAGAACCUCUGCAAAGCCCGAACGAGUCGAUUUUCUCAACUCAACACCAUAAUCGUCGGUGCCAAGUACUCAAAGCCUGUACAAUGGACCAAAGAUGCCAACAAGACUCUGGCUGGAAUCGGUGCCCGUGUCAAGGUGACAAAUGGCACUGAGAUUCAAAAGUUGUGGAGCUAUUCCUGGGACGAGAUGAAAAUCUGA